AUGGACAAGACAAGUGAGUCUGUAGGAUACCGUUGUAAAAAAUGUGGGUCCUUAUUGUUUAAGCAAGAGCAUAUACUGUAUCAUGGAGUACCUAGGAGUUCAGAAGAUAGACCUCUAAAAAUAUUAACAGAUUCUAACCAAUCAUUUAUAGAUAAAUGCACUGUAUUUAUAAGCACAAUGGAAUGGAUGAAGGAAUUAAAAAAUCAAACAGGUAAAUUAAAUUGCCCUAAUAUAAAGUGUAGAGCUAAACUAGGCUCAUAUAGCUGGUUUGGAAUGCAAUGUACUUGUGGUUAUUGGCAAGCUCCAGCCUUUCAAGUAUACAGAUCCCGUGUUGAUCUGUUAUCCCUAACUGGAAGCCAUGGAAACUUUGCAAUUGAACUGAAAUAUUAA